AAUGAAGCUCCUGCUCAGUUUGGCGGUUCUGGUGGGGACACUGGGUGUCCUCAAUUCUGCUCCCGAGGACCAACCCAAAGGCAUCUCAGAGGACACCUUGAAACAGUUGUCCGUGGACGGUGAGAAACUCGUGGAUGAGGAGGUGAGGAGAGCUCUGUAUGGAGUGAAGCACAUGAAGGAGGUGAUGUGGAGGAACGAGCAGAAACACGAACACCUCAUGAAGUCCCUGAGACACAGCAGCGACAAGAAGAGGGGGGCAGCCCAACUGACUAAGGAGGUGACAGAGAAGCUGGAGGAGGCAGAGGGGCAGUGUAAAGACUCCCUGCAGUCUGAGUGGGAGGAGUGCAGACCCUGUCUGGAGGAUGCAUGUAAAACCUUCUACGCCUCCACCUGCCGCAGGGGAUUUGCUACUUUCCACGCCAAGGUGGAGAAUUUCUUUCGCAGAGUGUCCAGGCGCUUCGGCCCGCGUGAACCUCGCAUGGACGCGGGGGACAUCCUGGUGAACCAGGGCCCCGAAAACGCAGACACAGAGGUCGUCCGCAUCGAGGAUUCCUUCAACCGCCUGAUCAGCAAGGUAGGCACGGUGGUGAACCGCAGCGUUGCCCUGGUGUCCAGGAUGAGCGGCAGGCUCGACAAGGUCCUCCAGAGAGCCUUCCUGAACGACACCGACAUCCCGAGGGAGGAGGGCACCUCCGAUCCCUACUACCCAGGACGGGACUCUGGCUUCCUGCAGGGCGUGGGCCUGGAAGAGGUGAUGGACUCCUUCUUCGACUUUGGCAAGAGUGUGGCAGAGGAAUUUGGGGCCGUAGUGACCCAAGUGUUUGAUGACCUCCAGGAGGCAGUGGAGGAAGAAAAGAAGAGAGGUAGAAGGGAAAGUUUCCCCCGUUUCCUGCAGAACCAGAAGUUGUGCAGAAACCUUCGCAGACAGACCUCAGAGUGCUGGCAGCUGCAGAACCAGUGUGAGGUCUGCCAGGGAGCCCUGCUCACAGAGUGCCCCAGUGUUCGCGAGCUGCAUGUGGAACUGGAUGAGGUGGCCCAGCUUCUGGACGUGUCCAAAGAGCAGUACGACGAGAUCCUGUCUAUUGUCCAGCGCCACACUGACGAAACAGUCAGCUGGCUCAGUGUCAUGGCUGCCGAAUUCAGCUGGGUGGCUCAGGCUGCGAGCAACAGCGGCACCCCUGAAAAUAUCUUCCGCAUCACCAUGGUGAGCAGGACGAACGAAGGAAAGGACAGAGCCUCCAACGCGUCUGUCACCGAGACCAAGGUGGAGGUAAACAUCCUGAACUCUCCCCCACUCAUCCUCUCCGUUCCCGGGGAGCUGGACCUGCAGGACCCAGCCUUCAUCCAGUACCUGGCCCAGGAGGCUCUGGGCAAGUACAAGGAGAUGGUCAGGUAUGAGGACGAAUAAAACUUCA